AUUUGGUGAAAAGGUGAGCGUGAGCUCCAGAAGGCUUGCUGGAGAGCCUGGUGGAGUCGCUGAGUGUGUGCCUAGAGCUGGCCUAUAAAAGUCGUGUCCCCCCCUGCCCAAGCCCAUUUCUCCCUCUCAGCUCCCACUGAAGCAGAGGUGAGCAUGAAGCUCCUUUUUGCAGCUGCCUUUGCACUCUUUGUGCUAUCUGCCUUUGACAAGGUGGACUCUUCUGCUUAUGACAAAAUAGUGGCCCACAGCCGCAUACGGGCAAAGAAAGAAGGACCAAAUGUUUGCGCUCUGCAGCAAGUGGUGGGAACCAAGAAGAAGUACUUCAGCACUUGCCGUAAUUGGUAUCAAGGAGCCAUCUGUGGAAAGAAAGCAACUGUUCUUUAUGAGUGCUGCCCAGGAUACAUGAAGCUGGAGGGUAUGCGCGGCUGUCCUGCUGUUGCUCCUAUUGACAACGUCUAUGGCACUCUUGGUCUGGUGAAUGCAGUCACCACACAGCAGUACUCCGCCAUGUCCAAAUUGAGGGAGGAAAUUGAGGGAUCCGGAUCAUACACUUUCUUUGCCCCCAGUAACGAAGCUUGGGAUCUCCUAGAUCCGGAAGUGAGGAAUGGUUUGGUGAGCAAUGUAAACAUUGAGCUGUACAAUGCUCUGCACUAUCACAUGGCCAACAAGCGGCUCCUCACCAAGGACCUGAAGAACGGAAUGACCAUCACCUCCAUGUACAAUGACCUGAGCCUUCACAUAAACCAUUAUUCCAAUGGGGUCGUCACAGUGAACUGUGCUAGGAUCAUCCAUGGAAACCAGGUGGCCACCAAUGGUGUGGUUCAUGUUAUUGACCGUGUUAUUACUGCAGUGGGCAACACCAUUCAGGAUGUGAUUGACGUUGAAGAUGACCUGAGUUCACUAAAUACUGUAGUUACAGCCUCUGGCUUGAUGGACAAGUUGGGUGAACCUGGACAAUUCACCCUUUUCGCCCCCACCAACGACGCCUUCUCUAAGCUGGAUAGUGAGGUUAUGGAAAGACUUAUGGGUGACAAGGGUGUUCUCCAAGCCCUGCUCAACUAUCACUUGUUGAACUCAGUCCAGUGCUCUGAGGCCAUUAUGACUGGAACCUCAUAUGAGACCCUGGAGGGCACCAACAUUGAGAUUGGCUGUGAUGGAGACAGCCUGACAGUCAACGGCGUCAAGAUGGUGCUGAAGAAAGAUAUUGUCACUACUAAUGGUGUCAUUCACCUGAUUGACGAGGUGCUCAUGCCAGACUCAGCUAAACAAGUCAUGGAGCUGGUUGGACCAUCCCAGGCCACCUUCAGUGACAUGGUGUCCGAACUGGGUCUGGCAGCAGCCAUGAGACCGCAGGCUGAAUACACACUGCUGGCCCCUCUCAAUGCAGCCUUCAGUGAUGAAGUAAUGUCCUUGGACCAGCGCUUCCUGAGGAUCAUUCUAGAGAACCAUAUUCUGAAGAACAAGAUUGUGCUGAGUCAGUUGUACAAUGGGCAGCGUCUUGAGACCCUAGGAGGGAAAUUCCUCAGAGUGUUUGUCUAUCGCACGGCUGUCUGCAUUGAGAAUGCCUGCUUGAUCCGUGGAAGCAAAGAGGGAAGCAAUGGUGCCCUCCAUCUAAUGAAGACGCUGAUCAAACCAGCAGAGUCCACCAUGUUCAAACUGCUGACUGAACAUGGAGGCUUCAAGAUCUUUUUGUCUCUGAUGGAGGCAGCUGGUCUGACUGACCUGCUGAAGCAGGAGGGAGAUUUCACCCUAUUUGCCCCGACUGAUGAGGCUCUGGCUGGCCUCAGUCAGAGAGACAUCUCUGUUCUGAAAAGCGAUCCCAAUGCCCUCAGAGCCAUCCUGCUGUACCACUUCAGCAAAGGCAUAUUCAUUGGUGGAGGCUUGGAGACUGGAGUCACUAACCUGCUCAAAUCUCUCCAGGGCAGCAACAUCAAAGUCUUGUUUGCUAAUAACAGCAUGCAGGUGAAUUCUGUGCAAGCUCCUGAUUCCGAUCUCAUGGCUACUAAUGGAGUCAUUCACUUUGUCAAGACCCUGCUUUACCCUGAAGAUAUUCCAGUUGGAAGCCAGGAGCUCCUGACACUUUUGAGAAGGAUCACUAGGUUCAUCCAGAUCAAGUUUGUAUCAGGAUACAGAUUUCAGGAGAUUCCACUGACGUUCAUAAAGAGAGUCAUCACAGUUCCUGGUGAUGUCACCAAAGUGACCAGAAUUAUCCAGGGAGAGCCCAUUAUUACUAAAGUUACACGAGUCAUCGAGGGAGAGCCAAGCAUCACCAAGGUUACAAGGGUCAUUGAGGGAGAGCCAAGCAUCACCAAGGUUACAAGGGUCAUUGAGGGACAGCCAAGCAUCACCAAGGUUACAAGGGUCAUUGAAGGAGAACCAACCUUAACCAAGGUCACGAGAGUCAUCGAAGGAGAGCCGACUAUUACCCGUGUCAUUGAAGGACCUCAAACAGAGUUCAUCACAGGUUUCGACACGGACAGUGAGAGACUAAGCAAAAUCAUUCAAGAGGGAACCAGACGAGUUCCUGGAAGACGGGUGCCAGCUGGAUCCAGGGCGAGACCCAGAGGGUCCAGGCAAGACUAGGCACCAUAAGCGGGAACAUAAAAAUAGACCAUCAAAUGUUUUAAGGAAAACAAGGGUUCAAGGGACAUGGAAUCACUUGUUUAGGAGAAAGUGAGCUCCACUUAUCAGAAGCUAUUGGAUCAGUCUGGUUGGAACUUACAAAGACAAACGCAAUAAUGCUAAUCAGUGUUUGUUCUCUUUAACAGGGAGGGAAUGACUUUUUUAAACAUAUCUGGUCAAAGCAGGGAACUUCAAUAGUCCUUGUGUAUGUAAAUAUUUUUUUUAAAAAUUGUCUGGUUUUUGUGGAGGGUUACAUUUGGAACACUGUUACAGAAAAGUCACAGAAAAUAUCACUUAUGGAAUUGUCUUAACAACAAAAAAAAAGGUCUAGAAGAAGGUCCAGAAAAUGGUGUCCGAAUGUUUGGUGAUGUGGUGAUGUGAAAGGGUGAGAUGUAAGAAGACCACAGAGCUGCACACAUCUGUGUAUUAUGCCAACUAUUUGAAAUAUGUUCACGGAAAAAGAAGAUUGUGUGUGAAAACCCACGUGACUUCUCUGCAACAGACGUGUUUCUGGGAAUAUAUCUGUGUCUAUUGGUAAGAAACUCCUAAAGCCAAGUUGAAUCCAGGUUUUGUUGGGUUGAGGUUUACUUCUGCAUGGCCAAAGAUUUAAUGGUGCUCAUGUUUAGUAUUUUGUUUUUGUUUUCCUCAUUAAAGAAUAAAAUUGUUUGCAACAUUUUGAUAAGAA